AUUUGUGUAUGAAUGAGGAACAACAUGAAGGACAUACAGUGGCUUGAUAUUAUUUAAAAAAGUAUAAGAAUUCAGUAAAUCUCGAACCUCGAAUAUCAUCUAUCAAUAUGGACCCCGAACCCCACGCCGUGACAUACUCUCCUUCGCCCAGCGGCAUCACGACCAUCACGCUCAACCGCUCCGCCCGACGCAACGCCGUAGACCCUGCCACAGCCCAAAAGCUAUAUAAAGCUUUCCUUGACUUCGAAGCCGACCCUACACAAGAAGUUUGCGUCUUUCACGGCGCGAAUGGAACAUUUUGUGCGGGCGCUGAUCUCCAAGACGUGGCCGAGCGUGGAGGUUCUGGAGAUCCGCAUUUUGGGCCCGUUGAAGGGCGGAAUCUAGGGCCUAUGGGACCUUCACGGAUGCGGAUCGUCAAGCCCGUGAUAUGUGCGGUGAGUGGGUAUGCGGUUGCGGGAGGGCUGGAGCUGAGUUUGCUGGGGGAUAUGCGGGUCGCUGAGGAGGAUGCUGUUUUCGGUGUCUUCAGUCGCAGAUUCGGUGUUCCCUUGAUUGACGGCGGCACCGUACGGCUCCAAGCAAUCGUCGGUCUCGGACGAGCCUUGGACAUGAUCCUCACGGGACGACCCGUGAGCGCGCAAGAAGCCUUGUCAAUGGGUUUGGCGAACCGUGUUGUGCCUAAGGGAAAGGCUCUUGAAGAGGCGACAAAGAUUGCAGAGCAGCUCGUUAAGUUCCCACAGCUUUGUAUAAACAGGGACCGAGAUUCGUGCUACUAUGCGGCGUUUGAGGCGAAGAGUUUGGAAGAUGGACUACGGUAUGAGUUUGACAACGGGAUUGGCGUGGUGAAGGAGGAAGGAAUCGCGGGUGCGAAGAGGUACGCCGGAGGUCAGGGAAGAUCGGGAAACUUCAAACUCUAGAGAGUUGUGAUACGCGGAUCUAGCAGAAGAUGUGAACAGAUUCUAAACCAGGCGCGAUCGGCC